AUGAAGAAAUGGAGUUUAUUGAUCAUUUGGACUGCUGCGAUGCCUGUAGUGAAGAUGCAGUUUGUUAUGCCGAUGUACGCAGUGAAUCCGGCGGCCAUGCAGGUCGUGGUGCCAGCAGUAGCCGUGCAGAUUCCGCAGUCGACGACGACGACAACGACGACUACGACUACCACGACAACAACACCGCGGAACGUUGCGGUGGCCGUGCAUGUGCCAGUGCAGAUGCCAGUACCAUUCGCAAUGCCCGCGUACGCGCCGCCGAACUUUUGCCAAGCGAAACCGCGCUUGCCAAAUUGCCCACCAUGUCCGCCUUGUCUUUGUUUGCCCUCUUGCACGCCAUCUUUCUUCGCGUACUGCUCCCCUUGUCAUCAGAAAUGUAGGUGCCGUAGCCCAGACAACGCGCCUCUCCCAAUGCCUCCUAAUCCACCCAUCCCUAUUCCCGGGCCAGCAAUUCCCAUGCCGGUACAGGGGCCCCCUCCCUUGGUUGUUGUACCAUUUUCUCCAAGUAUACGCCUUCCUAAUAUUAAGCACAAACCUAGCUUCUACUCAGACACGUCUAGCGAUACUUCUACUGACGACUCCGGGAGCUCGAGUGACAGUUGUACCUCCGAUUCAGAUUCAGAUUAUUUGUUGAAAAGGGCAAGAAAGCGUAAGAAAUCUCACAGGAAACGUAAACGUAUUUUAGCUAGAAGGAACAUGGCGCGGUCUAGUGACAGUGAAGUAGUGAAACCGGUCUUGACAUAUGUGUCGCAAAACGGUAACAUCAAAUUUAAAACUAAAAUAAGUAACGCUGAAGCUGCCCAGCUCCUCGGUAAAAAGAAGUUCUACAAAGAUAAGGGACAGGUCGAAACAGUACAAGUUGUAGCUAAUGAAGAUUCUAGGAGUCGUCCGCAAGUUGUAGUCGUGUCUAACGACGCAGGUCCCUCUCACAAACUGGGGAAAAAACAAGUCGUCUUAAGGAGCGGUUCCUCCAAGCACGUCCUGCAAAAAGGCAAGAAGGAAAUAGUUUUUAGACCACCGACAAACAAAAAAAUAAGUAAUUUAUCUGUAUCGUUCCAGAUAACCGAAUAA